AUGGGCUCCAAAACAGGGAAGACCACGCUGCAGAAGAUUUUAAUCUUCUUAUUUCUGCUGCUCAUGACUGCGGUCUGCAUUGGAACAGUUAUGGUCUAUGUCAUCGAGAAGAACAACUCUACAAAUACAAAUACAUGAGAUGAUGUGAUCGAUAAGGGAUGUGGGAGUUUACCGGAGCUCACUGCGGCGUCAGGGGGAUUCUACAGCGGGUAUUACUCCAGCAGCUAUGACAGCGAUAUGAGCUGUAGUUGGUGCAUGACGGUUGUACCCGAUAAGGUGAUUCCUCUGUGGUUCAAAGACUUCUCUUUGGAAGACUCUGGAUUAUGUUAUGCAGAUUUUGUCACUCUCAGGGAUGAACUGGGAAUCAUCGGGAAGUAUUGUGGCUACUCCACACCCAGACCCAUAGGAAACAGCCUUUCUGUGUUUUUUGACGCCAACGAUGGACACGGCGCGAAAGGAUUCAAACCUCUGUACCGCACCAUAUCCCCUGAAAUGACAGCAGAAAUAGUUGGGGCUGGUGGUGUUCUUCAAGUUGACCGUGGGGAGCUGUUGACCCGUGGCUUUCCAACGCAGAACUAUGAGAAUGGCGAGCUCUACCAGUGGAUUAUACAGGUGCCGGAUAGGCAACGGGUCCGGCUUACAUUCAAAGCCUUUGACCUUGUCCCAGAGUCCUGUGGUGAUUUUGUGGACGUCUAUGAUGGCGCCUUAGAUGGUGGCGUCCAGGUAGGUCACUUUUGUGGAAACGAGGUCCCAGCUUUAGUGGUGUCUGUCAGUAUGGUGGUUCGUUUCAAAUCUGAUUUGAGGCAGACCGCUAAAGGCUUCAGUGCUGUCUACACUGUAAAAACUACCCCGCCCGUUACAACCCUGUCAACCACCAAUGACACAACUGCCCAACCAACGAGCACCUCCAUUCAGAUAACUGCCCUCAGAGAUUCUGGUUACGGGUCCCCCGGGAAGCGGUUCGGACGUAAAGGUCAGAUAACAUCCAUGAACUAUCCUCCGGCUUAUCCUGCCAACCUGCGAUGCUCAUGGGACAUCACGUUAGAUGAAGGCCUCUUCAUCAAAUUCACACACUGCAGCUUUGUUCUUCCCCCUGUUCUGGACAUCAGUAACAAAAUGUCGCUCAGUUUUCAAUCAGAUGCUCGACUAACCGACCACAGAUUCUCUGCCUCAUGGGAGGCUGUGUAUCCAGAGGACCUUGCCGAUAUCCAGGGAUGCGAAGGUGUCUCUGAGGAGAAAACCGGAAUCAUCAGGUCUCAAAACUGGCUCAUGAACUGCCCGGCUAACAGCAUGUGCCUGUGGAUCAUAAGCAGUCCCGAGGGGAAGAUCAUUAAAUUGACGUUCACUGAUUUUGACGUGGAAGAGGCGGGCAUUCUAUUUGCCAGGUGUUAUGACAACGUGAUCGUCUAUGACGGAACACAGCCAGGAGCGAAAAGAUACAUUAAGGGAGAUCCUCCGGCACCACCCAACCCAUGAGAUGACAUCACGAUUGAUUGGCCCAUGAACUGCGGGAAGCCUUCAAUCCCUCCCGCAGUCGGCUCUCAGCCCGCCAAAGCUCACUCCUGGCAUUGCCAAGUGUCUAUGCAGGUACUUUGGCCUGAAUCUCGUCCCAUGUUCUUUCAUACAUAUGGGGGAACUUUCAUCCAUAAGAACUGUGUUCUGACAGCUGACUGCUUCAUCAGGUAUGCAGAUCAGAUGCAGCUCUGGAAGAUGUGUCUGGAGAAACACAACCUGACCUUCUCCAAGUAGACUGAGUAGAGAUUUAUCGUGGGGCCCAUCUAUUUCCACAAGGGCUUCCGGUACCCACAGGUGCCCACGGUGGAGUUCGACAUUGCUCUGGUGCUAAUGGAUGGAGAUGCCAUAACCACCUUCUUUGUUAAUUUCGCUGGUAUUCCUUCUGUUGAAGAGGUUCUGCCCAAAGGCAGAACAUGCUACUCCACCGGCUGGGGGGAUAAAACAGAUAACUCCACAGCUCCUUUAGUGGCUAAAGCUUUGAAUCAGGUCGCCCUGCCUUUAGUGCCUUAUGACACUUAUAAGCGUAUGAAGUAUUGGUGGUUCCAGGUGAAGACCUCUUUGAUCUGCUGUGGUUACAUGUCACACGAUGAUCUCAAGUCUGUAUAACAGGGCGACUCAGGUGGUUCGUUGGUUUGUAAAGACAGCCCAUCAUCAUUCGAGGUGCAUGGCAUCACCAGCUUUGACCACAUCGGCUGCAUGCAUUGGACAAAAAGCCCCAGCAUGGUCACCCGAUCCUAUACCUACCUCGACUGGAUUAAAAACAUAAUUCGAAAAGAUAUCUAUGACCUCACCAGAUUUGGUUAUGGAGGACUCAAAGAUCUGGUUGGCACCGAAGGUUUUCCGUCAUCAACAAACUAUUCUGGCACUAAUGGAGCUUCCUGCCAGUGGAAUAUGCAUGUGUCUACAGGGAAAAACGUCCAUCUCCACUUUAGCUACUUCUCACUGGAGGAGACCACACUGUACCUCCACUAAAAAGUCACUCUCAGCGAUAACAUCGGCUCUCUAGGUACCAACUGUAGCACAGCUCCACUGAGAGAUAUGGUCGGUGGCGACACAAUCUCUGUCAGUUUCUCCUCCAAUGACAAAGUUAUGUACUUGGGGUUCGGUGCCCACUGGAAAGCAGUUGAUCCUGCUGACAUCGAAGCCGCCGUUGGUUGCGGGGGGCACUUAGUGAACAGGGGGGAGUUACAUUAACCAAACCAAGCAGUGUGCACCUGGAUUAUCUCCAUCCAUUCUGCCAGAAUUGAUGUGGUAUUUACUCACUUUGAACUUCAGUACGUCAACCUGCUGGGAAAGUGUGUGAAUUAUGUGGAGAUCUUCAAUUCCAACAAAUUCUGCAGCUUUGUUCCACCAUCCCUGAAUCUCCCUUAUAACAAAAUCACCAUUUGUUUCCUAAGUAACGCAGUUGGACAGGAAAAGGGUUUCCGGGGCUACUGGACCACAGAUCCAAGUGUUUUUCCCACUCUCCCCCUCCUCCGCCCAAUCCAUGGGAUGACAUUCUCAUCAACUGAUGUCUGCGUCCCUAUCAAUGCGAUCAUAUCCCACAAGGACUUCAUCUACCCACAGAACAAUGAUGUGUCCAGCGACAUCGCCCUGGUGCGACUGACAAAAGCGAUUACCGUGACGCCCGAGAUCAGUAAAGUUUGCCUGCCCAAACCUGAGUCCAUCGUGCCCGCUGGGCACGUUUGUUUUACGUAA